AUGGCUUCAUCUCUCGCUAAGCAGAUUCGAUCGGCGACCGAUCACGAGGACAUUGAUCUCGCUGGUUUCGGGCAGUCGCAGAUCUCCGAGCUCUUCACCGCAGCCUUCUCUGAGGCGAUCCCGGCACCUAAGAUGAUCGGCUUUCGCUUUACCGUCCGUCAGAAGUAUGGCGAUGACAUGCCCAAGUUCUGCCGCGAUGCGUUGAGAGCCAUCGGCUUCGAAGAGGACCGUGGGGCGAGUGCGAUCAUGGAGUGUGCGGGCAGCUUCAAGUAUCAGCACGACACAGACAAGGACUUGAAGUUCAUUCACGUGUUUCCCAAGAUCGACAUCUCGGCUUCUGCCGCCCCUGCGGAGGCGGAGGAGGAGGCGGACAUCAAGAUCGGGGGCAUGAAGCUGGAGGAGCUUCCGCCAGAGCAUCUCUGCAGCAUCGUGUCCAUGGAGACCUUCGUGAAGCUGGUGGCCAAGCAGUGUCCUUCCUUCUCGCAGCGUCGCGCGCUGCUCAAGGCGAUGAAGGAGAUGGCGGCGAAGAUCGCAGGUUUUGAAGAGAAGAUGUCGAAGAUGGAGCAGCUGACAGCGAGCGAGGACGAGUUGUACAACACUGCGCAAGACGUGCCGGGGAAGGUUUCAGAGCUGGAGAAGCAGCUGGAGGGUAUGAUGACCGGGCAGCACUUGACAAGAAAGAAGACGGACAAGCUGGAAGCAGCGAUGGCUGCACUGCAGGCUAAAAUUCAAGGACUGAAGGACGCAACUCCAACUGUGAGGAGGCGGAAGGAAGAUCGGGAGAUCCUCACUCUCCGCAAGCAGCUGCGAGAGCUCAAAGCGAUUGAGGACAGCAAGCAAGUGUUGAGCCUGGACGAGAUUAAGAAGUUGAAUCAGAAGGCAAACAUCGUCACUCGCCUCGAACAGCUAGAGGCCGAGACCAAGGGAUGGUUCGAUGCUGCGAUACCGGAGGCUGAUAGGCUCAGGGAUCCUCCUCCUGCUUCCAAGGGUCUCCUGCCCCCUCCUGCCCCCUCCUCGACGCAACGCGAGCUCGGGUGGAGCGAACCGAGGAUGGGAGAGCGCGACGAAGAAGACAAGCAGCGGGGGUGA